UCGGCCGCGUCCCUGCGGCAGCUGGCGGCCGUCGCGGGCCAUGGGGGGAAAGAGCUUCCUCCUCGGCGUCCUGACCGCCAGCAUCCUGCUCCUGGCCGCCGCCUCGGAGGGUGCGGAGCCGCCGCCGAGCUGCGAGGCGGUCCGGAAAGUUUUCCAGCUGCGGCGGCUCGGCCCGCUCGGCGGCGUCCCGGAGUUCCCGCGGGCAGGUGUUGAUCUCCAGAUUUGUUCUUCUGAAAAUCCAACAUGCUGUACCAAAAAGAUGGAAGAAAGAUAUCAGACUGCAGCAAAGCAAGAUAUACAGCAAGUGCUUCAAACAUCAAGUGCUACAUUAAAAUUUUUAAUAUCUCAUAAUGCAGCUGCUUUUCAAGAAACCUUUGAAAUGCUCAUCAGACUGGCUGAGAAUUACACAAGCACAUUUUUCUGCAAUGUGUAUAGAACCAUGGCUGCUGAGGCUGCUGUGCCUGUGCAGGAGUUUUUCACAGAUGUUGGGCUCUUCUUACUUGGCACAGAUGUCAGCACAGAGGAAUUUGUGAAUAGAUUUUUUGACACCCUGUUUCCAGUAGUCUACAACCAUGUGAUUAACCCUGGUCCGACUGACAUUUCCCUGGAAUAUGCGGAGUGCCUCCGAGCGGCGAGAAGAGACAUCAGGCCCUUCGGCGACAUUCCCAAAAAGGCCAUAGGACAAAUGGGAAGAUCACUCCUAUCCAGCCGGACUUUCUUGCAGGCUCUGAAUUUGGGGGUUGAAGUGAUCAAUACAACAGAUCACCUGCACUUCUCCAGAGACUGCAGCAGAGCUUUGCUGAGAAUGCAGUACUGCCCCCACUGCCAGGGGCUGACGCUGAGCAAGCCCUGCCUGGGCUACUGCCUCAACAUCCUCCGGGGCUGCCUGGCUGGCCUGACAGAACUGGAUCUUCACUGGCAGGGGUACAUCCAGGCCCUGGAGGAGCUCUCAGGAGCCCUGAGCGGAGCACACAGCAUCGAGCACGUGCUGCUGAACUUCCAUUCCCUUGUCCGUGAUGCUCUGGUACAGGCUCGGAUCAAUGGGCCGGAGUUAUCUGAGCAGGUGAAUAAGAUAUGUGGUCCUCCUGUAAGGAAGCCUAAACAGUCUCCAGGUUGCUUCUUGGAUCAGAACAAAGAUAAUCAAGGGUUGAAGAUGUUCUCCAGAGACAGUGAACAAACAUUCACCAACAGAAGAAAGGAGUUCAUCAGCCACCUGCGGCUCUACAGAGCCUUUUACGGCGGCCUGGCGGAUCAGCUGUGCGGGAACGAGCUGGCAGCUGCCGAUGGGCUCCCGUGCUGGAAUGGAGAAGAUGUUGGAACAAGCUAUACGCACCGUGUGGUUGGCAGUGGAAUCAAAGCUCAGUCUGCAAAUCCAGAAGUAAAAGUGAAGGGAACAGAUCCUGUAAUAAGCCAAAUUAUUGACAAGCUGAAACAUGUUAUUCAGCUGCUGCAGGGCAAAUCAUUUCCAAAAUAUGACAAAUGGGAUCUCCAACAAACAGGCAGUGGUGGAGGUGUAGAUGAACAAAUCAGUGGUGAUUGUGAUGAUGAAGAUGGCUGUGGAGGAUCUGGAAGUGGAGAAUUCAAAAGAGUCCUGAAAAUUACAGACCGGAUGCCAGACAAGACGAGCCUCAGUGACGUAAAGCAAAUCCAUCAAACCAACGAUGGCAGCACUUUAGACACAACUGGAGCAGGAUGUACAGCAAUGGCCGAUUAUAUGACAUUUAUGCUGAUUAGUUUGGUAAUACCGUUUCUCAGUCUUUGGUAACUGCUUAUUUCUGGCUUGAUAUAUGUAUCUCACUGUCAUCUAUUUAUCCCUACUCACAAGCCUGGAAUAAAGGAUCUGGUGAAUGUAGCAAUAUUUAUGGUAUCUUGCAGAAGAUCAGCUAGUGAUCUUAGCGCAGAAUAUUAACAAAAAGUUUUGUGCAAUAUUUUACCUGUUUUUGUUUAUUUUAACACCUGUAUAGCCGUAAAAAGUCAUGUUUUCUUUUUUAAUAUUUUAUAUUGAAAAAAAGUUGUUUAUGGUAAUCUUUCUCUUAAAAGCAAUUUGUAAAAAAAGAGUAUUACCAAGUUUGAAACUGUCUCUGGAGAUCAUCUAGACCCUGAUGCUCAUAGUAGACUCACUUCUUGCAAGUUUCCUAAGACCAAGUUCAGUUUACAUUGGAAUGUCUCCAAGGAGCGAGACUUUACUGACUCCCUGGGCUAAUGGUACUAGUGCUUCAACACUCCUAGGAGAUAUUUUUUAGCUGCUGUAUCUCAGUUUGUGCCUCUUGCCCAUUUUGCCCACUGAGUCCUGUCACAGCACCAAGAGUUUUUUCUCCAUCUUCUUUGUUCCCUUUAUCAGGUAUUUACACAUCUUCAAAAGAUCCCACUCUGCAUCUUUUCCCGGCCAAACAGACCCAGCUGUCUCAGCCACUCCUUGCACAAGUUUUG